AUGUUCUUCUCAGUUAUGUACUGUAGGCAACAUACCGGGAAUCCCGGGGUUGCCAGGAAAGUAGAUGAUGAGCUGAUUGUGUCUGCAAUGUUGAUAGCAUGCGAAGAAGGAAAUUUAGCUGGACUCGAUCAGCUUGCUGUUCUUCAUCGUAUUAAUCUGAAUAUCGCAAACUCUAUGGGUGAAACAGCAAUGCAUGUGAGCGCUGGUGCGGGACAGUUCGAUAUGGUGCAUUAUUUGCAUAUGAAAGGUGCGGCGCUGGAUGCAGCGGACCGGCACGGCGACACGCCGUUAUUCUGGGCUGCUCGAAAUGGCCAUACCAAUAUUGUCAACUACCUCACCAAUGAGGAAAACGUCAAUGUUAACACCCUCAAUAAGAGUAAAGAAAGUGUGCUUCACGUUGCCACUCGAUAUGCGCAACUGGAAUCAGUGCUUUUGUUACUGGAGCGUGGCGCCAAUCCAGCCUUACAAGACGAGCACGGUGAAACAGCACUGCACAUAGCAAGUUGGCACGGAUAUGCAGCGCUGCUAGGAGUUCUUUGCAAGUUCAGUCCACCAGUGCUUCUGAAAAACCAGGUAUACUGUUAUUUCUGGAUUUGGCGUCAAUGCCGUUAACU